UCAGACACUCACUGGGGAGACAGCUCGGGGAGGAUUAGAGAUUGAUUAGCUCAAUCACUAAGAUCGUCGAAGUGAAAGGCUUAGUAAGUUCUCUCUUGACUUGAGGUAGCUAGAAAGAGAGAGGAGAGGAGACGGCGGGAAUAAUGGAAGGGCAGUUUGGCUGGGGGAGGGAGGAGGGAGGGUGGAGGAAGGGGCCAUGGACGGCGCAGGAGGACAAGCUGCUGGUCGAGUACGUCAGGCAGCACGGCGAGGGGAGGUGGAAUUCUGUCGCCAAGCUGACCGGUCUGAAGCGAAGCGGCAAGAGCUGCCGGCUCCGGUGGGUGAACUACCUGAGGCCCGACCUCAAGAGAGGCAAGAUCACGCCGCAGGAGGAGAGCGUCAUACUCGAGCUGCACGCCCUCUGGGGAAACAGAUGGUCGACGAUCGCGCGCAGCCUGCCGGGGCGGACGGACAACGAGAUCAAGAACUACUGGCGGACGCACUUCAAGAAGGGCAAGCCGUCCAAGAACAUCGAACGCGCGCGGGCGCGGUUCCUCAAGCAGCGCCGCGAGAUGCAGAGCCAGCUGCUCCUGCAGCAGCAGCAGGGGCAGGACCAGCAGCAGAGGCAGAGGCAGGCCGGCGACGACCACGACGACGGAGCCGUCACCAGGGAGGCGUCGUCGUCGCCGGCCGUCUCGCUGGCGGCGCAGCACGAGGAGGACCUGCAGAUGCUGCAGCAGGACAUGGACGACCUACUGUUCCAGUUCUGCUGCCCCAUGGCGUCCUCCUCCUGCCUCCUCCCCGGCGCCGCCGCCGCCGCCAGCGCGUCGGCGAGCGAGGAGGGGUCCACCGGGGACCACCCCCAGCUCGACGAAGGCGCCACAUGGGGGUGGGGCACCCUGUGGAACCUCGACGACGUGGCGGAUGACGUCGACGGCGGCGCCUGCGGCGGCUGGGACACCAGCUUAUUCCCUUUGCUGCAGGAUCAAGGGCUCGCUUUCUACUAGCAGCUAGCCUACAAUUUUUAUAGCCCAGCUACUAUAACUAGAUGUUCUUUCCCGUGCUGUACUGCUUGCUGCUGCCGGCGCCUAUACGUGGAGGGUACACGUAGUGGCUAGAGAGUGAGAGCGAGAGGUGCACUGAGAUUGUGUACAUGUGGUGUUGGUGGAUAAGGAUGCAACACCAACUAAAGCCCACUUCGAUCGAGUAGCCUGUCUCCGUGACAUGACAUGUUUAGCUCGACUUAAGACUGUGUUCGUUUACCAGGGUCUAAAGUUUAGACCCGUCACAUCAAA